AUGGCAUACAAUGCUCCGUUCAUGGGAUGUACCACAGCCGACUUCGAAUCAGGACAGCGCUGCUCCGAUACGUGCCGGGAUGGCAUCAAGACGGUUGAGCAGGUGGUGGACAUGGUGUGCGACGGUGUUUCCUCAACCAGAGACUCAGUGCUUGAUUUUGCACAACGCGGAGUCUUGCUGUUGCAUACGUGCGACGGGGACGGGGACGACAUCACGCUGGCGCAGACGACGAGCACGACUGCAAGGACAACAACCAGCAUACAGCCUCCGCCAACCAGCAUAGCCGUGCCGCCGACCAGCAUAGCCGUGCCACCGACCAUCGUCCCAACAAUUCCCAUAAUUUUCACGCCCCCUGCUCUGAGUACGACUUCGAGGAGCAUAGGCUCCUUCACGAUAAUACCCACGCCCGAGCCCCCGCCGGUCUCGAGCACUCUGGCUAUUCCACCAAUACAAUCAACUGCUUCAGCUACCUCCAGCUUCACUAUAAUCCCGCCGUUACCGACACUCAGUUCCGCGUCUUCCCAGCUGUUCACGCCGUCGACGAGUGAAGCCCAGACGAGUUCGCAAGUAGUGACGCAGUCGCUGAGCACUCUCACAACGAGCGCCACGACUGCUUCUGCGACACCGUCAUCCCAGGAUGAUGGUGGUAGAGGCGGUGGCAGCCCUUUCGAUUCUCAGGUUUCUCUCUCGCCGAGGCUCUGUGCGAACUGGCCGCUUUGCCUCACCGUCGGUGCUAUGCUUCUUGGCGUCAUGUUCCGGUAG